AUGGAUAGACCUCCUCAAGUUUUGGAUCACUACAUCGGUGUCGAUGUGGGUACCGGCUCUGCUCGCGCCUGUAUCAUUGAUGAGACUGGUGAUAUCAAGGCUCUGGCUUCUGAGAACAUCAAACUAUGGCAGCCUGAAACUGGCUACUAUGAACAAUCCACUACAGAUAUCUGGCAAUGCAUCUGCGAGUGUGUCCGUCGUGUUGUCAGCGAGUCUACAGUCAACCCCUCCAGCAUCAAGGGCAUUGGCUUCGACGCUACAUGCUCUCUUGCCGUCUUCACUCACGACACCGACGAGCCACUCCCUGUCACAGGCCCUGACUUUACAAACGAUGGCAAUGACCGCAACGUCAUCUUGUGGCUCGACCACCGACCGGUCGAAGAGACCGAAAAGAUAAACAACACCAACCACAAGCUCCUCAAGUACGUUGGUGGAAAGAUGAGCAUCGAGAUGGAGAUGCCCAAGGUCCUCUGGCUCAAGAACCAUAUGCCUCCGGAAGUGUUUGAGCGUGCCAAGUUCUACGAUCUUGCAGAUGCUCUUACCCACUUGGCUACUGGCAACGAGACUCGCAGCUAUUGCAGUGUCGUUUGCAAGCAAGGCUAUGUUCCUGUUGGCGUCGACGGCAGCGUCAAGGGUUGGCAAGAGGAUUUUUACCAUGAUAUUGGUCUCGGCGACCUUACCAAGGAUGAUUUCAAGCAGAUGGGUGGUGUUAACGGGGUGAACGGUACCUAUGUCAGUGCUGGCGAGCCUGUGGGCACCUUGAGUCGACUGGCAGCCAACCAACUCGGCCUCCCAAUGGGCAUCCCUGUGGGAAGCGGUGUCAUUGACGCAUAUGCGGGCUGGAUUGGAACCGUGGGCGCUAAGGUCGACCUUGGCGACGAUGAACUCAACGCAGCUGUGCCGCAUAAUGAUCUCGCCCAAGCCUUUACUCGUCUGGCUGCCGUCGCAGGAACCUCAACAUGCCACUUGGCUCUCUCCAAGGAACCUGUGUUUGUUCCUGGUGUUUGGGGCCCUUACCGUGAUGUUCUUCUUCCCGAGUUCUGGAUGGCUGAAGGUGGCCAGUCUGCAACUGGGGAGCUUCUACGACACAUGCUUGACAUUCACCCUGCUUAUAACGAAACCUGUGCCUUGGCCAAGGCUGAGGACAAGCACAUCUAUGACUUCCUCAACACUCACCUUGAACUCAUGAAGGAAAAGCACGACGCCCCCUCAAUUUCCUACUUGGGACGCCAUCACUUCUUCUAUGGUGAUCUGUGGGGUAACCGCUCGCCCAUUGCCGAUCCCAACAUGAAGGGUAGCAUGGUCGGGUUAGACAGCGACAAGAGCACCGACAACAUGGCUCUGUGGUACUAUGCCACCAUGGAGUUUAUCGCUAUGCAGACUCGCCAGAUCAUCGAGCAGAUGAACAACUCUGGCCAUGAGAUUUCGUCGAUCUUCAUGUCUGGUUCUCAGUGCCAAAACCCUGUCCUCAUGAAUCUUUUGGCUACUGCCUGUGGCAUGCCUGUCCUGAUCCCACGAUACGUCAACGCAGCUGUCGUUCACGGCGCUGCCAUGCUCGGCGCAAAGGCAGCAAGCCAUAGCAAGGAGGAUGGCAGUGAGCCCGAGUCUCUCUGGAGCAUCAUGGAUCGCAUGAGUAAGCGAGGUCGACUAGUCGAUCCCAGUACUGACGAGGAUGAGAAGACGCUGCUAGAUGCCAAGUAUGAAAUCUUCUUGGACAUGUGCAAGACUCAGCAGGAGUAUCGAAGUAAGAUCGAUAAGGCCACGGCUUCCAAAAAGGCUCGAAUGAAUGGCACUGCCAAUGGCACUGUUAACGGAGCAUAA